AAUAUAGUCUGUGAAUCCGUUUUAGGUCUGAAAUUCUAUAUGAUAUAUUAUUCAAAUAAUAAUCAAAACUGUAGUUAUCUACAUAUCUUAGCAAGAGGCUGUGUCUGUGGAUCGUGACAUCACAGGGUACUUCUUCCUCAUUCAAGCCCAAUUCAAAGUUCAACAGUGAUACUGCAGUUAUAACAGCUGAGGCAUUCUGGAGUUGUCCUUCAUAUAUAUAUAUAUAUAUAUACUUUUUUUAUCUCAAUAAGGAAUCUGUUAAACUUAAGUGGUUUAUGUUUUUUUGUAAAAGUUGAUAAAGAGGAUAUUAACAUUGAACUUUGAGGAAGUACAUAUAUAACACAGAAUGACUCCCUUGCUGUUUAAAGAUGCCUUUUGGGGAGUUGAUUUCACUAAUCAUCUGGGCUAUGAGGUUCUGAUUCAGAGACUAUGUGAUGGCAGGCGGAUGUGCAAAGAUGUGGAGGAACUGCUGAAGAUGAGGGCCAUGGCAGAAGAGAGGUAUGGGAAGGAUCUGGUGACAAUAGCACAUAAAGCUGGGGGGCAGACAGAGAUCAGUUGGCUCUGCAGGAGGCAUCUCAGGACUUGGCGGACGUGCAGUAUGUGUUCUGGAAGGGUUUUGGAGAAGAUCAGGAUGUCGUUGAGCACUCUGAAAGCCUCCUUUGAUCAACUUAAAACACAAAUUGAAAACAUCGGGAAUCUGCAUAUCCAGCUAUCCGGAAUGUUACGGGAAGAGAUCAAGAAGAUGGAAAUAUUCAGAGAGCGGCAGAAAGAACAGAGGAAAAAGUUUGAGGGGAUUAUGGAGAAAGUUCAGAAGAUGAAGGUGUCCUUAUACAAGAAGACCAUGGAGUCUAAGAAGUCCUAUGAGCAGAAAUGUAAAGAAGCAGACGAGGCAGAGCAGCUUGCUGACAGGAGCACCACAGCCACAACACCAAAACAGUCUGAGAAGGUACAACACAAGGCCAAGCAAUGCAGACAAGCCGUCACUGAAGCAGAGAAACAAUACAUGUUGAACGUAGAGCAGCUGGAGAGAGUUCGUCAGGACUGGGAGGGAACACACAAGAGCACAUGUGAGGUGUUUCAGCAGCAGGAGGUGGACCGCAUCACUAUCCUGAGGUGUGCCCUCUGGGACCACUGUAAUCACUUCUCUAUGCAAUGUGUCAAAGACGACGAGUUUUACGAGGAGGUGAGGAAUAUUCUGGAGACGUGUGACAUCACAGCAGAUAACAACUGUUUCAUAGAGAUGAAGACAACAGGUUCAAGUCCACCAGACCCCUUUGUGUUUGAGAACUACUAUGGGAGGGAGCCAUCGCCAACGGGCGACAACAACGUCAGCGCUCGCUUCGGAGGGGGAGGGGUCAGGAAAAGGUUCUCCAAUCUUCUGCCACGAAACUCUGGUUCAAAGAUGAGUAUCAGUGAGGGUUCAACUUCCGAGCCAGCGGCGCCACCUGUUGGUCAAACAGUGCCUGAGAGUUCAGAUGGAGUGUAUGCAUCCAUACCUGGCUUCCAGUCUGCAGCUGCAGCGGCGCUGCCUGCAGUGACAACCGAUGAGGAUGAUGAUACCUUCAUGGUGUUCUAUGACUACUCUGCACAGGACCCAGAGGAGCUGUCAGUGUCUAAAGGGGAUGUGGUGUUGGUGAUAGAACAGAGUGAAGACGGCUGGUGGACAGUGGAGAGAAACGGACAGGUUGGGCUGGUACCUGGCUCUUACCUGGCCAAAGUCUAGACAUAGUCACACACACAUUCAUGCAUGGACAUACACACACGCACCCGCACACACUCAUGCACACAGGUACACGGAUUCACACACACAUACUCAUGCACAAUCACCCAUACAUAGUGUAGUUUUCAAAACUUUACUAUGCAGACCCCCUUUCUGCUUCUUACUCAGAUGUUCUGAUCCUUCGUUCAAGACUUCAGAGUAAUAGAUUCUCCAGCAGUAGAGAUGACUCACUGAAUUGACUUGGAACAUGAGUCAUGACUGUGUGUUCCCCAUUAACUAUUAGGCUAUGCUGCACCAGAGAUUGUCAGUCUUUUCCCCAACAGGCAUACUACAUACAUACAGUGCUGUGAAAAAGUAUUCGCCCCGUUUCAAAUUUUCUCUACUUUUGCACAUUUUUUAUACUGAAUUUUAUCACACCUUCAACCAAAUAUUAGAUAAAGGGAACCUGAGUGAACAAAUAACACAACAAUUGUAUACUUAUUUCAUUAACAAAGUUAUGCAACACCCAAUGCCCCUGUGUGAAAAAGUAAUUGCCCCCUUACACUCAAUAAUUGGUUGUGCCACAUUUAGCUGCAAUGACUCCAACCAAAAGCUUCCUGUAGUUGUUGAUCAGUCUCACGUCGCUGUGGAGGAAUUUUGUCCCACUCUUCCAUGCAGAACUGCUUUAACUCAGAGACGUGUGGGUUUUCAAGCAUGAACUUCUCGUUUCAAGACCUGCCACAACAUCUCAAUUGGGAUUAGGUCUGGACUUUGACUAGGCCAUUCCAAAACACAUUUGUUGCUUUUUAGCCCUUUUCAUGUAGACUUGAUUGUGUGUUUUGGAUUAUUGUCUUGCUGCAUAACCCAGAUGCAGCUCAGACGGAUGGCCUGACAUUCUCCUGUAGAAUUCUCUGAUAUAGACCAGAAUUCAUGGUUCCUUCUAUUAAGGCAAGUCGUCCAGGUCCUGAGGCAGCAAAGCAUCCCCAAACCAUCACACUACCACCAUACUUGACCGUGGGUAUAAGGUUCUUACUGUAGAAUGCAGUGUUUGGAUUUCGCUAGACAUAAUGGAACCCAUGUCAUCCAAAAAGUUAUACUUUUGACUCAUCUGUCCAUAGAAUUCAAGAGUCUUGAUGAUCAUGCAUGUGCUUUCUUGCAAACUUGAAUCAACUUUUUGAAUGAUAAGGAUCCCAUUUUUGGGGUUUUGGAUUGCCCUUUUCAAAGUCCAGACCUAAUCCCAAUUUUGAUGUUGGGGCAGGACUUGAAACAAGCAGUUCAUGCUUGAAAACCCACAAAUGUCACUCAGUUAAAGCAGUACUGCAUGCAAGAGUGGGCCAACAUUCCUCCACAGCGAUGUCAGACUGAACAACUACAGGAAGCAUUUGGUUGCAGUCAUUGCAGCUACAAAUGGCACAAACCGUUAUUGAGCAUUGGGGGGGCAAUUACUUUUUCACAGCACUGUAGGAAAUCUCAGAUACCAUACAGAAAACUAGUCAAACUUUAAACUGUAUCAACUGUAAAUAUGUGUGAGGAUAAAAUAACUGCCAUGGUCUACACCAACCUGAGAAGUGAUCUACAAGAGAAAGUAGAAGUGUAUCUGAAUCAAGACUAACAGCUGUACUGUAUUUGAUGUGAUAUUUGAUUCAUAAAAUAUGUAAUGUUUA